UUUCCUGCAGUAGUUUGUGUCUCUGCCCCCCUCCCAUAUUGGGGAGAUUUCCUGCAGUAGUUUGUGUCUCUGCCCCUCCCACAAUGGGGAGAUUUCCUGCAGUAGUUUGUGUCUCUGCCCCUCCCACAAUGCUGAGAUUUCCUGCAGUGGUUUGGUGUCUCUGCCCCUCCCAAAAUGCUGAGAUUUCCUGCAGUGGUUUGUGUCUCUGCCCCUCCCACAAUGCUGAGAUUUCCUGCAGUGGUUUGUGUCUCUGCCCCUCCCACAAUGCUGAGAUUUCCUGCAGUGGUUUGUGUCUCUGCCCCUCCCACAAUGCUGAGAUUUCCUGCAGUGGUUUGUGU